ACCCAAGGGGGAGAAAUGAGGAAGUGGUGGUGACGCGCACAAGGCAGCUUGGAAGGCCUCGGGAGGGAAGCGGGCUGAGGAAGCCUGAAGAUGCUGUCUGCCUGUAGGUUGACCGAGCUCUUACUUUUCUACCCAGGGCUUGGGAAGACCACUUAGGACCCCAGCUCCUGCCAAGGCAGGGAAAGGCCAAGGAAGUGGGUAAGCUAGAUGCGCUCCGCCCUCUCUAAAGGGAAAAGGAAAACUUUCCUCAAGCUGUUAGGCCCCUGUCAGGUUUGCUUAGGGUUUCCUCAGAUACUCAGGAGAGAAAAGCAGAGGCUUGGGGCAGAGUGCAGGGCGGUGACUUCCUACAGAGACACACACGCGCUGGGCCUCCGAGGCUCCACUGGACCCAGGAGCUGGUCCGGACUCGAAAGGUGGCAGACUGGCGGACUGAGCGGAACUUCCUCCCUGCAUGCAGAGGGGAGGCCCGGCGCGUGCCCGAGCCGCCCCGGGGCGCGGCGCCCUCCAGGACACUGCCAAGGCCCAUGGCUACUCCCGGGUUGGGCUCCUGGGAUUGUGGGGCUGAGCAGAGCUCAGGGGACAGCGAGGCGUCACAAAGACUGCAGUGCUGAGCAUUUAGCUGAGCAGCGGAGCGAGGACAGGCGGCCCCGGUGCUUGCAGAGUUGGCGUCAGAGCAGCAGCGGCGCCGGCGGAGUGGCAGGCGCGCUUGCCAUCCCUGCAGCCCAGACGGGGCGCAGCCUGAGUGCGCGAGAGAGCGAGCGAGCGGAGCCCAGCAAGCAGCAGAUGGUUAUAAAGCCUGACCGACGACUCCACAUACUGAGCAAGUCUCAGCAGCCCUCCUCUGGGAGCCGUGCGCCUGGCUGGGAGGACCUCCUGCAAGACAGCAAGCGGUCUGAAACCUUUCAGUCCUCCCAGUUCUGCCUUCACAGCUACCGGUGUGUGUCCUUGGAGGAGCUCACAGACCAUCCUCAUUCCCACAGUCACACCGGGCUUGCUCCUGACCACUCCUCCUCCACGCCCCACCAGUGUCCUUUCUACCCCAGACUGACCACACUGUCUCCACCCAGCCCCGCUGACCACGCAGCUGCACUGUACCUGUCAAUUCUCAGAUGGAUGAAGGAAGCGAACUGAUCCAGCCUCAAGACCAGAGCUUCUGGGCCACUCUUCCUGAUGUGUGCCUGCGCCGUAUUUUCUGGUGGCUGGGAGACAGAGACAGAUCCAGGGCGGCCCUGGUCUGCAGAAAGUGGAACCAGAUGAUGUAUUCAGCUGAUCUCUGGCGAUACAGGGCCAUCACCUUCAGCGGGAGACCAUCCAGGGUGCACGCAUCGGAAUUCGAGUCAGCUCUUUGGUACGUUAAGAAAUUUGGUCGUUAUUUGGAAUGCCUGGAGAUCAAAUUUCUGAAUCCUUACAAUGCCAUCUUGACCAAGAAGUUCCAGGUCACCAUGCGAGGUCUUCUCUCAUGCCUGGGCAGAAGUAACAACCGUCUGAGGUCGCUUUCCAUCCAGCACUUGGAGCUAGAUCGCCUGGUCUGGAGGAAUAGCAUCAGGAACUCACUUAUCAAAAGCUUGAGCUUCUUCUUAAAGAAAAUGGGCAAGUAUCUGGACUGCCUCAGCCUGAAAGGGGCCAGGCUGACUGUGGAGCAGGGAUGCCAGGUACUAAACUCCCUCAGCUACCUACGGAGUGAGAGCGCCACUUCAGAUCUUAACAUCGAAGAUUUCUUCAGCCAUCACCUGACUGUCUACAGCAGCCCCCAGUUCAACAAGACCAUGGCCACAUUCCGCAAUCUGGCAUUCCUGACACUCAACUACAACUGCAUUUCUGAUGAGCUGCUCGAGAACUUGGCUGAGAACAAUGCCAGUACCCUCCGGACCAUGAAUAUCAAAUGUCACGUUCAUGACCCCCACGGGCAGGUUGUCUGGGGUAUGUCCUGGGCCAGGCUGGCCAGGCAGGCCAGCAACCUGAAGGUGAACUUCUUCUUUGAGCGGGUCAUGAAAUAUGAGCACUUGGUCCGCAUCCUCCUGCAGGAGAUCCCCAUGAAGAGCAUAAGUCUGAGAAGCUGCUACUUCAGUGACCCAGACUGGUCCAUGCGGCCCACUCUGACAGAUCUCCUGCCCACCUUCCGGCACACCCUGCAGAAAUUAACUUUUGAGUUCAACAACAACCACGAGUCACUCGAUGAAGAGCUGCACCUCCUCAUCCUCUCCUGCAGGAAGCUGUUUUACUUCAAAAUCUGGGCCUUCCUUGAUGUUAGGUUUGUGGAGCGGAUCCUGAAGAGCCAGGAGGAGGGGCAGUGUGCCCUGCGCACACUCAAGGUGAGAAUUUAUACAAACAGAUAUGAAACUAGUGAAGAGGACAGGAUCUUGCGGGAAAUUCACAGGAAGUACAGAGACCUGAUCAAUUCAGGAAUUAACUAUUUUGUCAUCACUUACCCCAUGAUGUAAGGAGCCUCUUCAGAAGAAGGAAGCUAGGAGCACUUUGAACCUGAAAAUCCACUCCUUGGAGAACUACAUUUAGGGCACUUCCACCCCAUCCCUCUUUUUCUUUCUCCUCUUUGCCCAGGCUACACCAACAUGAACAGCCGGGCAAAAGCUGGGACUACUGCUUAUGUGAAGGUCCCAGAUGACUUUAAAGUGCUAUCUUUACCAACUAG